AUGACCGCAGAGGAGGCUUCAAUACCGGUAUUCGAGGGUUUGAACAAGCUGGAGGAAGGCUUAAAAAGUCAUGGAAAGACAGCCCCUCCAAGUACACCGACCGCCAACGACGGACUGGUGGAAAAUGGAAUCCUGGAGCAUGCGCCAUGCCAGCCGCUGACUAUGAUCUUUGCCCGCGGAACCAACGAGGAUGGAAACAUGGGUAAAGGAAUUGGUAGGCCACUUGCCGCUGCACUCCGAGCCAAAACAGACAACAAGAUCAUAGUUCAAGGAGUCAAUUACGAUGCCAGUAUCGCGGGAAAUUUGCUCUUAGGUCUCAACGGAGGCCCAAUAAUGGCCGACCUCGUGAAGCAGUCAGUUGCGCAGUGCCCCGACAGCAAGAUUCUUCUCGUAGGAUAUUCGCAGGGCGCAAUGGUCACCCACGCUGGAAAGCUUUUGACACAUGAAAAGAUAUCAGCAAUUGCAGUCUUCGGAGACCCAGGCCGUUUAAUCCCCUUCGCCAAUAUCCCACCGGAGAAAACGAAGGAAUACUGCAACGAAGGGGACCCUGUUUGUCUAAAUGGCUUUAGCUGGGCGGCACACGAGAGCUAUGCCGUGCUUGCAGACGACGCUGCAGAUUUCCUUAUCAAAGCCUCCAGCUAA